AUGGCCGACGCUCCCGUUACCAUCCGGACUCGCAAGUUCAUCCGCAACCCUCUGCUUGCCCGCAAGCAGAUGGUCGUUGACGUCCUCCACCCCAACCGCCCCAACGUCUCCAAGGAUGAGCUCCGCGAGAAGUUGGCCGACCUGUACAAGUCCAACAAGGACCAGGUCUCCGUCUUCGGUUUCCGCACCCAGUACGGUGGUGGCAAGUCCACCGGCUUCGCUCUGGUCUACGACUCCGCCGAGGCCCUGAAGAAGUUCGAGCCCGCCUACCGUCUGGUCCGCAUUGGUGCCGCCACCAAGGUCGAGAAGCCCUCCCGCCAGCAGCGCAAGCAACGCAAGAACCGCUCCAAGAAGUUCCGCGGUACCGCCAAGACCAAGGGCCCCAAGAAGAACAAGGACUAA